AUGCUUACGACCAUCAUUAUCAUACUAGUUAUAGUAUUGCUUGCAAAGAAUAUCUUUUCAGAAUUCAUAAGUAAUGACAAUAAUCCAUUGGACUCAUCCACAGAUCAAGUUUCUACCGUAGUCGAAGGAAAAUUCACUCCUAAAUCAUUGGCCAAAUACAAUGGUAGAGAUUCACCAAAGAUUUUCAUUGCUGUCAAGAAUAGAGUAUUUGACGUCACCCAAGGUGGUGCAUUCUAUGGUCCAGGUGGCCCUUAUGAAAACUUUGCUGGUAGAGAUGCUAGUAGAGGAUUGGCCAAGAACUCAUUUGAUCCAGAAGUCUUGACUGAUAUUGAUAAACCAAUUGAUGAUUUGAAAGAUUUGUCUAAAUUAGAAAUUGAAUCCUUGGACGGUUGGGAAGAACAUUUUGAGAAUAGAUACAAAAUCGUUGGUACUUUACAUGAAAAUGGUUCCAUCAAAGAAGAUGAUGAAUCAACAUCGCAAGAUUAG